AUGGCGGAGCAUGCACCGGCAACUGGCGGCGGCGAGCCUCAGUACACGCGCACCCACACACCGAGGCAGCGGCCGGCGGCAAUUAUAAUUCUUAAAAAUAAAUGGUACAUUACUGUUAUUGCAAUACACUACGGGGCCGCGUCAAGGUCGCCCUCGCGUCACGCCGACUCAUCUGUUGGAGGAGGGAAGAAUAAUAAG